UCCGGGUUCCUUAGUCGGCUCUUACAAGCGGUGCAGAAGUCAAUGAUGAUUGUCUCGCGGACGUCACUGUCGAAGAACUUAACCCUGAGAAGCACUAGCCCCUCCACGUAAAACAGGAGUUGGAGAUGCCGUACAUCAAACAGGAGGCAGGGCCAGAGACCCCCAGCAUUAAAGAAGAAAAACAGGACAAUGAAAUCCCCAAGUUUCCAGUGACCGUCAGUGUGAAGCGUGAAAUAGAUGAAGUUCCAAGCGAAGAGAGCGGAGCAGCGAAACAUUCGAGCGACAGCUCUUUUCAGCACCUUUCAACAAAAGGAGAGAGACGAUCGCAGUCGGACGGCCUGUUAGCUUCGCCCUUGGACAGCGACGACGUGACGUCACACUCUUCUGAAUUUCACACUGAUGAGGAAGAUAAUGACUUUGACCAAAAUGCUUCAAAAUCCUUAAACAAGUCAUCAUUGAAAAGAGACACAAAAGCAGUUGGGAAACAUUUCCCCUGCUCAUUUUGUGAUAAAACAUAUUCUUGGAAACAUCACUUAAAAAGACACAUGCGUACGCACACCGGGGAGAGACCUUUUGGCUGCACACUGUGUGGUAAAAGAUUCACCGACAAGGCAUAUUUAAACGAACACUCAACAACACACACCAGAGAGAAGCCUUUUGGCUGCUCACUUUGCGCUAAACGAUUUUGUACAAAGAAACUCUUAACAAGACACACGCGUACACACGCUGGAGAAAAGCCUUUUGUCUGCACAUGUUGCGAUAAAAGAUUCACCCAGAAGGGAGGAUUAAUCCAACACAUGAGAACACACAGCGGAGAGAAGCCUUUUGCCUGCACGCUUUGCGAUAAAAGAUUUUGUGCGAAGCAUCAGUUAACAAGACACACACAUACACACACUGGAGAAAAGCCUUAUCUCUGCACAAGUUGUGGUAAAAGAUUCCUCGAUAAAAGAGAUUUAAGCAAUCACACAAGAACACAUACUGGAGAGAAGCCUUUUGUCUGCACAUAUUGUGGUAAACUGUUCGCUGACAAGGGAAAUUUAAACAAACACACAAUUAAACACACUGGGGAAAAGCCAUUUCCUUGCUCGGUUUGCCAUCAAAGAUUCUCUCGGAAAGAAAUCCUAAACUGUCACACAAAAACACACACUGGAGAGAAGCAUUUUGCCUGCUCAGUUUGUGAUAAAAGAUACUUCACAAAGGCAGAUUUAAACAUUCACACAAGAACACACAAUGGAGAGAAGCCUUUUGCUUGCUUUCUUUGCGAUAAAAGAUUUUGUGUCAAGACCGAUUUAGAAAGGCAUAGGCGUACACACACUGGAGAAAAGCCUUUCCUCUGCACAUUUUGUGGUAAAGGAUUCGCCCUGAAGGGAAAUUUAAAGAUACACACAAGAACACACACGGGAGAGAAACCUUUUGUCUGCUCUCUUUGCGAUAAAAGAUUUUGUACGAAGAAUCAUUUAACGACACACACGCAUACACACACCGGGGAAAAGCCUUUUCUCUGCACACUUUGUGGUAAAGGAUUCAAAUGGAAAGUAGACUUAAUCAGGCAUGCAAAAAGACACACUGGAGAGAAGCCUUUUCCUUGCUCAGUUUGUGGUAAAAGAUUCACCGUAAAGGGGGAAUUAAACAAGCACGCAAGAACACACACCUAAUUUACUUACGACUCACUGCUUUUCACAAUUUUAUUUUUUGAUUGUCGACAAUACAGUGGUACCUCGACAUACGAUCUUUUCGACAUCCGACGUAAAAUUUGACUCGCCAUUUGUUUUAAGUCCAACGACAUGCUCGAAAUACGGUGAUUAAUGACAGCGCUGCAGUUUCUGUAUUUUCCCGCAAGACAAAUGCAAGGCGGAUUUUCUUGUGAGAGAAAUCAACAUGGUUUCCAACAAUGUUAGUGCAGGUGGUGAAAAAAUAAAAAGGUGAGGCUUACCAUUGAAAUGAAGAUGAAAGUGAUAAAAAAAAAUAGUUGCAUAUUUUCCGCAUCCUUGAACUGGCUCAACUAUACGACCGUAGAUGGUAAUUUCGGCGGUCCUCCUCCGUUCACAAGUCUUUAUGAGUUACGUUAUUAUUAUUGUAAUAUUAUUAUUGUAAGAAAUCGCUAGCCUCGUCAGGUUUUUAAUCAUUUAUUUCAGAACUUGUGAAACACAACAUGCUUACUGUCCGCACAGCUGAACAACUGAAGUGAAAGUAAAUAUUCUUUCUGCGGUCAGGUACACCACGCAAAAAUACAUUGCCGCAUUAGAACCUGAUUUGUUACAUUAUUACAGGUAUUAUUAUUAUUAUUCCAAUUUUUAACCAAAAUGUAUUUGUUAAGCCUGUGUACGUGCUAUUUCCAAUAGUGCCAGCAGCAUUUAUCAAGGUUUUAGAGUAGGUUUUCAGGCUGUGGAACAAAUUAAUGGUAUCAUAAUGUAUUCCUAUGAGAAAAUCCUGCUCGAUAUACAGUGUCCUCCAUAAUUACGAGGUGCUUUUCAGCAUGCGCAUCUUCCGUGGCACGCCAGACCCACUUAGAGUGUUUGGUUCCAAAAAGCUCAAUCUUGAUCUCAUCUGACCAAAGCACACAGUCCCAGUUGAAGGCUGCUGAAAAGCACCUCAUACCCACUGUGAAGUAUUGGGGUUGGUCAGUGAUGCUGUGGGGCUGUUUUGCUUCCAAAGGCCCUGGGAACCUUGUUAGGGUGCAUGGCAUCAUGAAUGCUUUGAAAUACCAGGACAUUUUAAAUCAAAAUCUGUUGCCUUCUGCCCGAAAGCUGAAGAUGGGUCGUCACUGGGUCUUUCAGCAAGACAAUGACCCUAAACAUAUGGCCAAAUCUACACAGAAAUGGUUCACCAGACACAAAAUCAAGCUCCUCCCAUGGCCAUCUCAGUCCCCAGACCUUAUUUUGUUGGCAAGGGGGGGUUGUACAAAGUAUUAACACCAGGGGUGCUAAUAAUUGUGACACACAUUAUUUGAUGUCAAAUAAUCAUAUCUUUAUAUGGGAUUUUUUCCCCCACUGAAUAAAUGCACUUGUAUUGAAGGUUGGAUUUUUCUUUUUUUUCCAUUAAGGUCCCAUAUUAUUUGAAUAAAAAAAGAAACUAUUAAAAGCUAAAAAACACAUCUUAACCAGGGGUGCCAAUAUUAUUGGGGGCCCUGUACGACCAUUUUGACUUACUAACAAGGUCCUGGAACGAAUUAACUUCGUAUGUAGAAGUACCACUGUGCUUUGAUGCUUCCCUUAUUUUUGUUGUUUGUUCAAUUUCCAAACUUUAUCUGACUAGUUUCAGGUAAGAUCUCUGUGUUUGUCAUGUGCUUUGUAAUAAUUUGAAAUUUGCUUCAUUGUAGAAGGACUGGACCGUUUUAUUAUUACUAUCAAAUAUUGUUGAUCAAUACCGACUG